AUGCCUGGAUGGUUCAAAAAGGCGUGGUAUGGGCUGGCUUCUCUGCUCAGCUUUUCUUCCUUCCUCCUGAUCAUCGUUGCCUUGGCUGUGCCCCAUUGGUUGAGCGGGAAAAUCCUGUGUCAGACUGGAGUGGAUUUGGUCAAUGCCACAGACCCAGAACUGGUCAAAUUCAUUGGGGAUAUUUACUACGGGCUCUUCCGAGGCUGUAAAGUGCGACAAUGUGGGCUCGGAGGCCGCCACUCCCAAUUUACGAUCUUCCCACAUCUGGUGAAGGAGCUCAAUGCAGGCCUCCAUGUCACGAUUCUGCUGCUCCUCUUCCUGGCCUUGGCUCUGGCUCUGGUGAGCAUGGGCUUUGCCAUUCUCAACAUCAUUCAGGUCCCCUACAGGGCAGUCAAUGGCCCUGGUGGCAUCUGCCUUUGGAAUGUCCUGGCAGGUGGAGUCGUGGCACUAGCCAUCUGCAGCUUCAUGGCUGCGGUGAAAUUUCACGACCUGACAGAGAGAAUCGCCAACUUCCAGGAGAGGCUCUUUCAGUUCGUCGUGGUGGAAGAGCAGUAUGAAGAGUCGUUUUGGAUCUGCGUGGCAAGCGCCUCAGCCCACGCAGCAAACCUGGUUGUGGUGGCAAUCAGUCAAAUUCCCCUCCCAGAAAUCAAGACUAAAAUGGAAGAGGCCACAGUUACCCCCGAGGACAUCUUAUACUGA